AUGUCUAGAAGGACUGUGUCAGUCCAACCCAAAGGGGACCCAACUCAAAGUAAUUUUGGAGAGAAAGACACUUUUGGCCAAAGACACUCCCAUGCUGGAUCCCCUGAGGAGAAGGUGGAACUGCGGAAGAAGGUAACCCUGCUCCGAGGAAUCUUGAUAAUCACUGGGACGAUCAUUGGAGUAGGAAUAUUCAUCUCUCCAAAGGGAAUUCUGCAAAACUCUGGCAGUGUGGGAAUGUCGCUGGUUGUAUGGGUUGCCUGCGGGAUACUCUCUCUUUUCAGUGAUCUAUCCUACGCUGAGCUGGGUACCUACAUUAAAAAAUCUGCCGGCCAUUAUCCGUACAUUCUGGAGGUGUUUGUUCUGCAAAUUACUUUUGUGUGGUUGUGGGUAGACAUGAUUGCUAUAAGAAUAAACAUACACAAUCCCUACACCACAUCAAAUAAACAAGAGCAAACCCCCUCUCAUGAAGGAGAGACCAAAAUCUUUGAGACUGCAUUUGAGGACAAGACUAUUCAUCUGAAAGGGCUUCCUUUAGCCUUCUAUUCAGGGAUGUAUGCAUAUACUGGCUGGUUUUACUUGAAUUUUGUGACAGAGGAUGUGGAGAAUCCCGAGAGGACAGUGCCCCUUGCCAUCUGCAUCUCCAUGGCGAUAGUGACGGUCUGUUACACAAUGACAUGUAGCAUAUUGACAAUGUCAGCAGAGGAGCUGUUUGCCUCAAGUGCAGUAGCAGUGACUUUUGCAGAGAAGUUGAUAGGAAACUUCUCAUUCGCAGUUCCCAUUUUUGUGGCUCUGUCUUGCUUUGGUUCCAUGAACGGAAGCCUAUUUGCUAUCUCAAGAAUGUUCUAUGUGGCUUCAAGAAAAGGUCUGCUUCCUGAAGUUUUCUCCAUGAUUCACAUGCUGACACCAUUACCUGCUGUGAUUGUCCUGGAGCUGCAGGGUUUUGUCGUUGUUGAAUUGCCGCUGCAUAGCUCUUGUGUUGUGAUGAAGUUCCUGUGGCCAGUCUGGACUGUGGUGGAGGGUUCUUGA